AUGUCAUAAACCCUUAAAGAGAAAUUAGGUACAACAGCCUUUCUAAAAAACAUAGGGAAAACAGUUUUGAAUACAUUAUCUCCUAAACAAUUUAAGCGAACACCAAAAGUAAAAGAAACAAAACCAGAAGAGGCAGAAAAUAGCGAGUCGGAAGACUAUCAAACAGGCAGUUCAGAAACAGAAUACGAAACCGAAGAAGAAUUGCCAGGAAAAGACGAACAACCGACAGACGACACACGUUGGGAAAAUUCAAAAGGGAAAGCAUUAAGGCGAACACCUCCCCCUACAGAGAGACUUUACCUGCAGCUAUCUGAGGUUGAAGAGAAAGAGAUUGAAAAGUCAGAAUCAGAAGAAGAUCUACCUGAAAUAGACGAGGAAGAUAAAGAUCGGGCAGAAUUAAAGAAACCGAAAAGAAAGGCACGCAAAGUACAUAUUAAGGGACAGCCACCAACUCGCUGGAGUAGUCGUAACAAACAUAAAGCUCAAGUGCAUCAAGAAGAAGAGAGUAAGCAGACCCAAAAAACUACAGAGAGCAACGAAACAGAAGGGAGAGAAGAAAAAAAUUCAUCAACAGAAGAGGAGAACGAAAGCGAGAACCCUAGUGGUAGUGAGAACGAAGAAAAAGAUAACGAAAAUCUCGCGUCAACAGAGGAGGAGGACGAAAAACCAGUCCGUCGACCAGGGAAAGAAAAAAGCGCAAAAGAAAAAGAAAUAAAAACAGAGAGAAACAAGCCGAUAGCCCCCAGCUAUCACAAACAGUUAGACCAAUCCAUCCAGACAGGGAAGAAACCCUUGGUAGGGGAAACACCGAGAAUGGAUUAUCAAAGUCACUACGAUCACAUGUAUCGUUGCAUGAAAGCGGGAGGGGCGUCAAAGGAAGAAGCGCACAUGGGCGCCAAAGCCGCAGCAAAACAGAUAGUGAAAUCAAUGAACGAAAUUAAGGAAGAGCAAAAAAAAAAAACAAGCGAGAAAUCUUGCCCAAUAGAUACAAGUCAAAGCUAUUAUUUAAGCCAAAAGCUAUUAACAAAAUAAUAAUUAAAUAAUUAAUAAAAUUAAAUAAUAAACAAACAAACGGUUUCCCUCCUUGCUCAAGUGCCAGCUUUUAAUGGAUUAGGUUCGACGAAAUUUGAGGACUGGAUCAAACAUUUUGAUGCAGUCAUGAAUACUUCAGAGUUUGAAGAAGGCAGGAAAAUAAAGUUGCUAUGCUCCAAACUUUUUGGUUCGGCGACCGACUGCGUAACGACUUUCCAGUUGCGCUAUCCAAGAGAGGCAAAGGAUUUCUCAAAAAUAAAACAAUGCCUACAAGAACGGUACCAUGGAGGAGACAGUAGAAAAAUCUAUUUGACCGAAUAUAACAAUUGUAUUCGCAACCCUGGAGAAUCAAUUAGGGAUUAUGCUUGUCGCCUACAAAAACUUUUUUCGUUUGCUUACCCGACGAAAGAGGGUAAAUGGGUAGACCUCGAAAUGAGAGAACAGCUGAAAAUGGACAAAUUUUUGGGAUUAAAACCCAAUCUUCGAGAACGGAUGAGCUUCAAAGAAUUUAAAAAUUAAGAUAGUUUGAUAAAAGCCAAGGAAAAUUGCGCGGCUGUAUUGAACGAAGCUAAAUUAGAAAGACAAAACGUAGAAUUCAUUAAUGCAGUCGCAUCAAACUCAAAUGCCAUCUCUUCAAGCGAAACAAAAGGGAAAUUGUCAGAACUAGAAACAACGUUAAAAAACAAUCAAAAAUUAAUGAGUGAAUUGAUGCAACAAAACCAAGAAACCGCUAAACUAUUGAAUAAAGUCCCAGUAUUCCAAGCUCAAGCUGUUCUCCCAGCUCGGUCCAUCCCGCAAUCCCAACAACCACAGAACUGCGUUAGUCAGUUCGAACAAAACCCCCAAGGAUCUCAACAACAAAAUUCGGGAAGUCUAUUCGGACAAAGACAACUACAGUGCCGGUCCACUUAUACGACCACUUGGUGCAGCGGUCGUAUAACCGGAUGGUCGCAUGACUGGUCGGACGCUAUAGUAGUGAUUAGCAGGUGA